UGUGGCAAAAAAUAGAACCAAAAAAAAGGAUAAGAAAAAAAAACGAGCGAGCGCUCACACAGAACACCACUCCCAACCCUUCAAAAGAGCGCACCCAAAUCUCAGAUCAAACACACCGGAGGAAGGGAUCCAAUCGAGCGCGGAGGAGGUCCGCAAUCGCAUUUCAAGCUUGGAUUCAGCAUUGGUCUCUUGGAGACUGUAGUUCAGCAAGCAUUGAAUCCAAAUCAUCAAAGUAGAGAUGACUUCUUUGAAGAAAUCUGACAAGAAAGCUGCCCUAGAUUUCGGAGCAUGGAGUUUCAAUGUUACUACAUCUGUUGGAAUCAUCAUGGUCAACAAAGCUUUAAUGGCUACACAUGGAUUCAGUUUUGCCACAACAUUAACCGGGCUUCAUUUUGUGACUACCACCUUGAUGACUAUCGUAUUUCGGUGGUUAGGCCUGAGCCAGCCCUCCCACUUACCGCUAACAGAUCUGAUUAAAUUUGUGAUAUUUUCAAACUUGUCAAUUGUUGGGAUGAAUGUGAGCUUGAUGUGGAACUCUGUGGGCUUUUACCAGAUAGCAAAGCUGUGCAUGAUACCUGCAUCAUGUCUUCUGGAGGUUGUCUUUGAUCAUGUACAUUAUUCCCGGGACACAAAGCUGAGCAUAAUGGUUGUGCUUAUAGGUGUUGCAGUCUGCACGGUUACUGAUGUCAGUGUGAAUGCAAGAGGUCUAAUAGCGGCAGUUAUAGCUGUUUGGAGCACAGCUUUGCAACAAUACUACGUUCAUUUUCUCCAAAGGAAGUACUCACUGAACUCAUUCAACCUCCUGAGCCACACUGCUCCAGCCCAAGCAGGAUCCCUCCUUCUAGUGGGACCAUUUGUUGAUUUCUUGUUGACCGGCAAAAGGGUGGAUCACUUCAAUUUCUCAUCGCUUGCUCUGUUUUUCCUCAUACUUUCAUGCUUCAUUGCCAUUGGUGUUAAUCUGAGCCAAUUCAUCUGCAUUGGGCGGUUUUCUGCUGUAUCAUUCCAAGUCCUGGGCCACAUGAAGACCGUGCUUGUUCUGUCCCUUGGGUUCCUCUUCUUUGGCAAGGAGGGUCUGAAUCUUCAGGUAGUCCUUGGGAUGGUCCUUGCUGUUCUUGGAAUGAUAUGGUAUGGAAAUGCAUCAGCUAAACCAGGUGGCAAAGAGCGGCGUAGCGUCCUGCCGGUGAGGUCUGAGAAGCACAAGGGGGAUUCAGAAGAAAAGGUUGAAGCUGAGAAAUAGUCUUGUUAUCUGACUGCAACUGAGACGAGCAUUUUUCCUGUGAGUUCUGGUGAUGCGAGUAUCGCAAGCGUUAUGUUUACCGUAGAAGCUGAACUCUUCCCGUCUAGAAACUCAGCAUUGUUAUAGUUACAGGUAUACUUCAUUUUUUAUUCUCCGAAUCAUUUGUAGUGAGGGGAAUGACAGAUGUUUUACAAGGCUUCGAGACAGUUUUAUCAAAUAUAGUGUAAUUGUAUGCAAAACAUAGCAUCCUGUAUUUCGCGUGAAUUUCUGCUGGUGGCUGUAUGACGUUGUUGAAAUUGCAGUUACAAAGUUUGAAA